CACUUCCUGAAUUGGGGUUUUUUUUCACUGUCUAGAGUAUUUGCCGAUCAAAACCCUUUGAUAUAUUUACGCAUAUAUGUGUAUACAUCUUACUGUAUAAGGUUAAUUUCUGGUGGAAUAUACUGAGAAUUAUGACGAGAAGCGUGAGCAGAGAGCCGGAGGGUAGGAGCGAAGAAGAUGAGACGAAGCGACUCAGGAUGGUGAAGCGUGAGAAGGUUGACGGCGCCGUCCGAGUUGAGUCGGAGGAUGUCGAGUCGGCUAUGGAGAUUCAAGGGACAGCUGAACGAAGAGUUCUCCGCUCGAAGUACCUGGCUGUCAGGAACCAAAUCAACGAUGAAAAGGAUGAUUUAUCCAAGCCCGAUUCGGAUAAUUUCAUUACUAUGAUGAAUAAAGUUGAGAACUUGCAUCGUCAAGUGCAGAAGCCAAGGGAACAAGUUGCAGAUGCAGAGGCAUUGUUGGACCUUGCUAACACCUUGGUGAUCUCAGUUAGGUCACAGUCCAACGAGGGUAUUACAUCUUCAGAGUUUCUUACUUGUUUGCUCACACAGUUUGGGCAAUCCAAUAUGACAAUAUCUGCUCAAGAUAACACCCAAAAUUUGAUCAAAUGGAAAGAUAUUGGCCUCCUGGUCUCUCCUGCUUUUAGAAAGUCCAAUGGGUGUUGCACCAUGCUUGGACCUAUGAAUACUGAACUAAAACAAAGAAAGCCUGUGGUCCAUAGAAAAAGAACACAGCCUGCCACUGAAAAAACUAGACCUGAAGAGAUUGAUGAUGCUGGUGCUGGAGAGAAAACUGAUACAGACAAGAACAUGUUCACAAUGUUUGGCAUCUUGAGGAGAAAAAAAAGUGUUAGCUUAGAAUGUCUGAUUUUGAAUAGGAGGUCUUUUGCACAAACGGUGGAGAAUUUGUUUGCUUUGUCAUUUCUAGUUAAAGAUGGCCGAGCUGAAAUAAUCGUCGAUGAAAAGGGUUCUCAUUUUGUAGUGCCCAGGAAUGCUCCUGCUGCCAAUUCUGUUAAGUCGGGCGAGGUUGCGUACUUGCAUUUUGCAUUUAGAUUUGACUUCAAGGAUUGGAAGUUAAUGACGGAUGUGGUACCCGAUGGUGAGGAGCUGAUGCCAGAUAGGAGAAAUCCUUACUUCUCAUCCUCUCAAAUGGAGCCACCUUCUCACAGUUCGCAAGCAACCUUACCCACGACUCCAAUAAGGAAACUGACUCGAAAUCGUGGUCUAGUUAUACUAGAAGAGUCAGUUGUGGAUGACUCCCCUGAAGUUAAUGGCACCAGAGAAAUAGGAAUCCGUAGAUGUAAGAGAAAGCUCAAGUGAAUGCGAUGACGGGGAUGUUCCUUUUAGAAUGUCAUGAAUGCGGUAGUGUAUAAUUUAGGAGUUCGUUGUACAUAGGAAGCUAUAAUCUGCAGUUACUCUGCUUGUUUUGUUGGAUUUCUUGUGCUUAUAAACAGAUGGUUCAUUUGCGGACUU